GCGGGGCCACCUCGGCGGGGCGGGGCAGGGCAGGCGCCGUCCUACCCCGUACUCCAACCCGGAACUACCCGCGGCUCCUUUGGGAAGGCCGCGGCGCUUCUCCAGGAGAAGGGGCCUGAGCCGUGAGUGCGGACCACCGGGGCCGGGUCGCGACAGAGGGCUGUACUCUUUGCUCCCUGGGGCCGCAGGCCACGUGCGCCAUCAGUGGCACUUUACACGGUCUGUGGACAGGGCAGGCGCCCACACCCUGGCUGGACCAUGGCGCCCCCGCGGAACGUGGUGAAGAUCGCCGUCCAGAUGCGUGACGCCGUCCCGCAGCUCAUCCAGUUGGACCAGGCGAAGCCCCUUGGCGCUGUGCUGAAGGAGGUGUGCGACGCGUGGAGCCUGACUCACUCUGAGCGCUAUGCCCUGCAGUUUGCUGAUGGGCACAGGAAGUACAUCACCGAGAAUAACCGCACGGAGAUCAAGAAUGGCAGCAUUCUGUGUCUCAGCACUGCCCCAGACCUUGAGGCUGAGCGGCUCUUGGGUGGGCUGCAGAGUGGGAGUCGUGAAGGGCGCCGGGAAGCACUGAGGCACCUCGUCUUGCUGGCCUCAGACAUGACCUUUGCCCAAGAGGUCAUCAGUCGUGACGGGCUUCAGAGAGUAGGCACCAUCAUUGAGGAUGGGGACGACCUAGGAGAGGUGCUGGCCCUUGGGCUGAGGGCCUUCCUGGAGCUCAUGGAGCACGGCGUGGUGUCCUGGGAGACGCUCAGCAUCCCCUUUGUCAGGAAGGUGGGUGGGCUUUUCUGGGGGCAGCAGGUGGAGGUGGUGGGGGGAGAGCCAGGAUCUGGCCUUCCAUGGUGGUGCCACCCCUCCCCCCAGGUGGUAAGCUAUGUGAACAUUAACUUGAUGGAUGCCUCGGUGCAGCCUCUGGCCCUUCGGCUGCUGGAGAGUGUGACUCUGAGCAGCCCUGCCCUGGGCCAGCUGGUCAAGAGUGAGGUGCCACUGGAUAGGCUGCUGGUGCACCUGCAGGUGAUGAACCAGCAGCUGCAAACCAAGGCCAUGGCACUGCUGACAGCUUUGCUGCAGGGGGCCAGCCCAGCUGAACGGAAACACAUGCUGGACUACCUGUGGCAGAGAAACUUCCGCCAGUUCAUCUACAAGAACAUCAUCCACAGUGCAGUGCCACUAGGUGACGAGAUGGCUCAUCACUUGUACGUGCUGCAGGCCCUCACGCUGGGGCUGCUGGAGCCGCGCAUGCGCACGCCACUCGACCCCUACAGCCAGGAGCAGCGGGAACAGCUGCAGGCCCUGCGCCAGGCGGCCUUUGAGCCAGAGGGGGAGUCCCUGAGUGCCGACCGUCGUCGUUCCCUCUGUGCCCGGGAGUUCCGCAAGUUGGGCUUCACCAACAGCAACCCAGCACAAGAUCUGGAGCGUGUGCCUCCUGGCCUCCUAGCCCUGGAUAACAUGGUCUACUUCUCUAGACACGCACCCAGUGCCUACAGCCGGGUCAGUGAGAGGGCAGGGCGCCGAUGGCAGCAUGCACACCUAGGUAGGGUCCCCUUGGGGUCAGCCUUGACUUUACUCCGUUCUCUGCUCCCGCCACUGCAGUUCGUGUUGGAGAACAGCAGCCGUGAGGACAGACACGAGUGCCCCUUCGCCCGGAGCAGCAUCCAGCUGACAGUGCUACUGUGCGAGCUGCUCCGUGUUGGGGAGCCUUGUUCUGAGACAGCCCAGGACUUCUCGCCCAUGUUCUUCGGCCAGGACCAGAGCUUCCAUGAGCUUUUCUGCGUGGCCAUCCAGCUGCUGAAUAAGACCUGGAAGGAGAUGCGGGCUACACAGGAAGACUUUGACAAGGUCAUGCAGGUGGUGCGGGAGCAGCUAGCCCGCACACUGGCCCUGAAACCCACCUCCCUGGAGCUCUUCCGAACUAAGGUGAACGCACUCACCUACGGGGAGGUGCUGCGGCUGCGGCAGACGGAGCGGCUACAUCAGGAGGGCACUCUGGCUCCUCCCAUACUGGAGCUACGGGAGAAGCUGAAGCCAGAGCUCAUGGGCCUGAUCCGCCAGCAGCGUUUGCUCCGCCUCUGCGAGGGGACGCUUUUCCGCAAGAUCAGCAGCCGGCGGCGCCAGGACAAGCUGUGGUUCUGCUGCCUCUCCCCCAAUCACAAGGUGCUGCAGUAUGGGGACGUGGAAGAGGGCACCAGCCCACCCCCCCCAGAGAGCCUGCCUGAGCAGCUCCCUGUGGCUGACAUCAGGGGACUCCUGACGGGCAGGGACUGCCCCCAUGUCCGGGAGAAGGGCUCGGGGAAGCAGAACAAGGACCUCUGUGAGCUGGCUUUCUCAGUCAGCUAUGACCGUGGGGAGGAGGAGGCCUACCUCAACUUCAUUGCCCCCUCCAAACGGGAGUUCCACCUCUGGAUAGACGGGCUGAGUGCCCUUCUGGGCAGCCCCAUGGGCAGUGAGCAGACACGGCUGGACCUGGAGCAGCUACUGACCAUGGAGACCAAGCUACGGUUGUUGGAGCUAGAGAACGUGCCUAUCCCGGAGCAGCCACCCCCCAUACCCCCGCCCCCCACCAACUUCAACUUCUGCUAUGACUGCAGCGUCACUGAACCUUGACAGUGAGGUUGGGCAAGGGCCCCAGCUGCCACCACCAUGGCAGCCAUGAAGGGUGGAGGGGAGAGAAAUGCAGGCACGCUGACCAGCAGAAACUGCAGCAGAAAUAAAGUCUGCUUGGCUCCUG